ACAACGACUGAUUCUCUUACACGUUUGAGAAAAAGAGUUGUCGAUUGGGGAAAGAAGAAAAACUGUUUUUGUUUGGUGUUUUGUUUGUUUGGAAAUGAUGUAGUUUUGGUUGUUGAUCAAGUGGAAAAGGUGUAUAUGUUGGUUAGGUGAGGAGUCCAUGAGUGUUGACGAGGGAAGUGGAAGUGGAGAGAGGAGGGAGAUGAGGAAAGACAAGCAGCAAGUGAUCAAAGAAGAAGAAGAAGACUUCUCUUUCAGGUUCUCUUCUCGCAACACUUCCUCGAAAUACGACUUUGUCAAGGUCAAGGUCUGGCUCGGUGAUAACGCCGAUCACUACUACGUCCUCUCCAGGUUUCUCCUCAGCCGAAUGUUAACCGUCACUAAGAUCCCUAAUUAUGUUGCUAUUAAAAUCGCUCUGGAGCUCAAGAAGCUGCUUAUAGACAACAGCCUACUUGAUGUAUCCCAAUCUGAUUUGGAAGCUAAUCUCUUCAAGCUUAUGGAACGAAGGGGUUAUGGGGAAGAGUACAUAAAUCGUUACAAGAUGAUGACAAGAUUUCAUCAUCAAAGAGUGCCAUUAGUUAUUCUCGUAUGUGGAACUGCUUGUGUUGGCAAGUCUACCAUUGCUACCCAGCUCGCACAAAGGCUGAAUUUGCCCAAUGUCUUGCAGACAGAUAUGGUGUACGAAUUACUGCGCACAUCAACAGAUGCACCAUUGACAUCUACUCCUGUUUGGGCGCGAGACUUCAGCUCCUCUGAGGAGUUAAUUACUGAAUUUUGUAGGGAAUGCAGGAUUGUACGUAAAGGAUUGGCUGGCGAUUUGAAGAAAGCAAUGAAAGAUGGAAAGCCAAUAAUAAUAGAGGGAAUAUAUUUGGAUCCAAGCAUUUAUCUAAUGGAUGAUGAAAAUAAGACACUAGCCGAUGUGCAAGAGAAAACUCUUGACACAAACCAUCUUGCAGCGAAUGAUUCAAAAACACAGAUGGGAAUUAAUUCUCUACUAUAUACCGACCAUGUCAACUCUGAAGAAGGGACACUAAGUAACGAAGUCAACAAUGUCUCAGGUGAAAAGGCUUUGCUAGAGGAGGAGAUCUCAACACGUACAUUCAGUGAUAAGUGUCUAGUCCAGGAUAAAGAUAAACUAAUAAGCAACUUAAAGACCAUCCAGGACUAUCUUUGCUCAUUCAAUUCUCAGGGAUUGACGGUAGUCAAUAUAUCAGCAACAACAUUCCCACAAACAUUGGAUUGGCUGCACGGAUAUCUUCUUGAGUGUAUCGAGCAUGGUAUUUCAUCUGUGUCGAACGAACAUAGUAGGCCUGCGGAAAAGUAGAUUGCAUUUAGGAUUUAGCUCAAGGCAGAUAUUGAAGGAGAUUAGAGAUGAAUAACCCGACUCCCUUGCCAAGAUGAGCAUUGAUCAUGCCCCUAGUCUUAUCACUCAAAUCUUUUUAGGGUGACUAAAACUAGGUUCUAUUUCCAUGGCAUUCUCUUCCAAAAGAUGAUCCUAUCGCAUUCUGAGUAUUGUAAUGUCAAAUGACCCAGUUCAAAAUUCAGCUCUUCAAUGUGGGAUAACCAAACUAGGAACGAGGGCUUCUGUAAACUUGCUGGCAUGUAAACUUUGUUAUUAAAUUGUUGUAUUUGUAGUGUAUGUAUAAGGUUUUCAAGAGUAAUGUGUUUGAACUUUGAACGGAGACC